AUGCCAAUAUUGUCAAGCCAAAAGGUCAAUCCAAGAAGAAUAAGGGCAUUUAACAAGCAAGAUGCUACCCUUGCACCAAAAGCAAAGAAUUUCAAGAUGAUAAAGGGCUCCUACUGGGUUUGUGGAAAACUAGGCCACAAAGCACAAGAAUGCCACCAUCGAAGGGACCAUAAUCCUACCAAUCAAGGCAACAAUCAUGGGAGAAACAACCAGGCCAAUGUGACUGAGGAUUUUGUUGCUGUUGUUUCAGAAACCAGUAUGGUUUCGAAUGACAAAGACUGGUGGAUUGAUACUGGUGCUACUAAGCAUAUCUAUGGUGACAGAAACAUGUUUUAUGAUUACCAUCAGAUUUCUAGUGGAGAAAAGUUGUAUAUGGGCAAUGUCUUUGCUUCUGUAAUUCAAGGAAUAGGCAAAGUGGUGCUGAAAUUCACUUUUGGAAAGAACUUGACCCUGCAGAAUGUGCUGCUUGUUCCAGAAAUUAGGAAAAACCUUGUAUCAGGCCCAUUGUUGAGUAACAAGGGCUUUAAACUUGUAUUUGAGUCUAACAACAAAGAUGAGGCUUUGAAUUUGUUUAAAACAUAUAAGGCUGAAGUAGAGAAUCAAAUUGAGAGAAAAAUCAAGUUAAUGCAGAAUUCUUUGAGGAAAUAUAUCCUUACAAAGAAAAUAAAUAUGGUUCCACUAGAAAGCGGUCACAUGAUCAAAGUCAUGAUGAAGCUUCUUCCUCAAGAGUUCAAGAAAUAG